CUGUAGGCUAAGGGCUGUAGCAGGCAGCUGCUGAUAUGUUGGUGUGGUCGAAGUAGCCGAAGCUUGUAUAUCUUGCGUACAUCUAACAUAUACUAACUGACUAGCUAGCUAUAUCUUAUCUAUAUUUUCUAAGGGAGCUAUCAAACCAAACUGAGAUCGAAAGUAGCUACAAUUGGUACAUUUUCGGAAUUACCAUUUCCUGUCAUUUUGAUAGGCAUUUCCUGUUGCGAAAUAGCUAGGUAGCGGUUCGUGGCAGUAAGCUAGCUGACGUUGGCUAAUUGGUAGCCUAGCUGGCUAGAUGAUGAAUUGUAGCAUACUUGGAAAUAAUCAUUAUUUGCUGAACGACAUUGAAUAUGGAAGUAUCGUGUAAUAUUGGCACGUUUUACCGGGGAUAUAUUACAACGGACAUAAUUUUUACAGGAUAACCUUAGCUACAUGAAAUGUCAUAACGUUAAGAUAGCCGCGGAGAUGGAGGGACCCACAACCCCCUGAAUAGCUGCACUGAUGGAGAAAUGUCCUCCUCCAAGAUGAGCAAGUCGAAUACUGCACAAGGUUUAGCGGAAUUAUAUUAGCGUCUAUCUUAUCUCUAUAGCUAUAUUAGUCUGUCAAGCAAAUGGGAGACUGGUUAUUCGGGCAUAGCUCAUAAUUGACAGCUAACGUUAGCUGCUGGUGAAUAAAUCACUGCUGUUUUUGGCAUCUGCAAACAACAAGACUGGCUUUGUCAGACAAACCUUAGGCCUUGUCCAGAAAACAAAGUUCAUUUGUGAAACUGACAUCGCUGGAAAUAAGGACAUUUGAGCUUUCUGCAUCGUCAUUUGAGCAUUCUGCGUCGUUUUGAUUGAAGUGAGGAUAAUAUUUCCUCAUCAUCUGACUGAUAGUUAUCAUGAGGAAGUUCUUUGAUUCAUCUCGUCGGGAGUUGGUCAGUUCAGGACCUGGUUCUGGAGGAGGUAGCAGUGGAUCCAGCCAUGUAGGUGGCAAUUUAAUUGGACGUUCAUGUACCAUAGGGCGGCACCAAGUCACUAUUGAAGAAACAGUGGCCGAAGGGGGUUUUGCCAUCGUGUUCCUGGUACGAACCAGCCAAGGACUCCGCUGUGCCCUCAAGAGGAUGUAUGUCAACAAUGAGCACGACCUGCAGGUGUGCAAGCGAGAGAUCCAGAUCAUGAAGGACCUGGUCGGCCAUAAGAACAUCGUUGGCUAUCUGGACUCUAGUAUCACCACUUGUGGAGGAGGAGAUGUGUGGGAAGUGCUCAUCCUCAUGGACUACUGUAAAGGGGGCCAGGUGGUGAACCUGAUGAACCAACGUCUGCAGACAGGCUUCACAGAGGCAGAGGUGCUGCAGAUCUUCUGUGACACAUGUGACGCCGUGUCUCGACUGCACCAGGGCAAGACACCCAUCAUCCACAGGGACCUCAAGGUGGAGAACAUCCUGUUACAUGAUAAAGGCCACUAUGUGCUGUGUGACUUUGGCAGCGCUACCAAUAAGUUCCAGAACCCACAGAUUGAAGGAGUGCCAAUAGUCGAUGAUGAAAUAAAAAAGUAUACCACUCUGUCAUAUCGUGCCCCUGAGAUGGUAAACCUCUACAAUAGCAAGAUUAUCACUACUAAAGCUGACAUAUGGGCGAUGGGCUGUUUGCUGUAUAAGCUGUGCUACUUCACUCUACCCUUCGGGGAGAGUCAGGUGGCCAUCUGUGAUGCCAGCUUCACCAUUCCUGACAAUUCCCGCUACUCCUACAACCUGCACUGCCUCAUCCGGUACAUGCUGGAGCCCGACCCUGACAAAAGGCCUGACAUCUACCAGGUGUCCUACUUUGCUUUUAAAUUGGCUCGUCGGGACUGCCCUGUUCAGAAUGUGAAGAACUCUCCAAUUCCUGCUCAACUCCCUGAGCCAAUCAAAGCCAGUGAGGCAGCUGCAGCGAAGAAGAGCCAGAGCCAGACACAGAGUAAGGCCAGGUUGACAGAUCCUGUCCCCACCACUGAGACCUCCAUCACGCCACGGCAGAGGCCCAAAGCUGGCCAUGCCCAGCCCAGCACUGGCAUCCUGCCAAUUCAACCGGCUGCCCUCACCCCUCGCAAACGGGCCAAUCUCCCUGCACUUCCUCUAGGAGUCAACUUAAACCUUGCCCAGCAAGCGGCAGCCCUCCAAUCACAGAAGGCACAGAUCACAGCUCCGCCUCAGCCAGUGACCGGCCGUUCACAGAACCCUCCUAGUCAGGCCACACUUCAGCUGGGUGGAAAGCCCCAAGCUGGUGCUCAGCAGAAGCAGCCAGGGCAACUGCAGCAGCAGCCAAUCGCGGCAGCAGUCACCGCAGCAGGGGGAGGAGUCCCACCUGUGCAGGCCAAGACGGAGGCCCCGAGCGCCCCACUACAGGCCGUGCCUCCCUCGCUGGCCAGUCCCACCCCUCAGAAGGCCCAGGUCCCAUCUAGCCCAGCCCCACCCAAAGCCCCAGCACGUCGUAAGCAGGCCGGCCAGAGCCAGACCCAGCAGCAGCCAACCGCUCAGCCCACUCCAGUCCAACCUCCGGCUGCACAGCAGCCUACAGCUCAGCAGCAACCAGUUCCUCUACAACCUGUUCCUCUACAACCAGUGGCCCAGCAGCCACCUGUCCAGGCCCAGUCCAUCCCUGCUAAAACCAGUCAGAACACAGCUGAGACAGAGACGACUUCUCUUCCUGCUUUGUCCAAGACUCCGCCCCACUCUCCAAAGGCUGCAGAGCACACCCCGAGUGACUUUACCCAGAAUUCGGUCGGUGGGCUACCUGGAAGUGACUCCACCCAGCCACUGCAAGAGGCCACAGCAGAAGAUGGCCUCAACCAGUUAAUAUCUGUUGGUACAAUUCCACCCAAUUCUACCCAGUCCCUUCAGCAGAGUAUGUGUGAACCAGCCCAGGAUGGCAACUUUGCUGCCUUUUCCCCUUCCCCUGCCUCUGCCCCUGGCCCUCCCAUCGGCUCCCUCAGUCAGCCCGCCUGGAACCCUUUUGGUGAUGAUGACUUCUCCAAUCUCAGUGCGGAGCAUCUGAUUAACAAAGACUUGGUUGACGAACAGGCUGAUGACGUGUCUGCAGAGGUGGAGACGGCCCCCAUUGAGGACCUGAUACCUGGCCUGCUGGAGGUCUCCUCCCCUGGGGAAACAGCCCACCUACCUGCUGUAGAGCAAUCUGAAGACCUCCUUGGCCUGGAUACAGGAGAGUCUUUGACUGUUCCGGUCCCGUUCAGCAUCCUAGCACUCUCAGACACUCCAGAGAAGCUUAUUGAGGGACUGAAGUCCCCAGAUACACACCUCCUGCUCCCUGACCUCCUGUCCAUGGCUGAUCCUUUUAGUGGAACUAUGGAGGAGGCUGUCAAUGUAGUGGGUCCAAUAGAGGAGUCUCUGGUGAGUCUGGACUUUCUCAUCCCUGGUCUGGAAGCUCCUGUGUCCCAGUCUGAGACAGACUCUGCACUGCUUCCUGACCCCCUGCUUGGGGAAGACACUCUGCUGGGCUGCUCUCUCAUCUCUCCCCCCUCUGGAGCCUCCUCUCUCUCCUCUGCUCCCGCUGGCACUGGGUCUGUUCUGGAUGACUUUGACCUGGUAUCUGCGAGUUGCACCCAGCUGCUGGCAGACUCCUCUGAUCUCCUGAUCUCAGGCUUUGAGCCUGUGCCAAGUGCAGAUACGGGCAACGAGGAUGAGUUUGACCCCAUCCCUGUCAUGGGCUCCAAAAACUCCUCUCAAGUUUCAGGAGGCCACUCUCGCAGUAACAGUGGCAGCUCUGAAUCCAGCCUGCCCAGCCUGGCCCGCUCCCUGCUCAUGGUGGACCAGCUCAUCGACCUGUAGGGGGCGCUGGGGAGCCGGGAAACUAAAUAGAGAGAGAGUGGAGUGGGGGGGUAGAAGUAGUGACGCUCGAGGGGAGAGUAGACCCCACCAUUAAUUGUUACACCCCCGUUCCACUAUUCGUUCCCGUGACUAACGCUUGUUCCAUGUAAACUCCAUCUGUGUUUCCAAACACACUGGGCCAUUGUCCUGUUCGUGUUUGUCCCAUGCCUCUGGUAUUUAUUCCCAUCAUGCCUCUGGUAUUUAUUCCCAUCAUGCCUCUGGUAUUUAUUCCCAUCAUGCCUCUGGUAUUUAUUCCCAUCAUGCCUCUGGUAUUUAUUCCCAUCAUGCCUCUGGUAUUUAUUCCCAUCAUGCCUCUGGUAUUUAUUCCCAUCGUGCCUCUGGUAUUGAUUCCCAUCGUGCCUCUGGUAUCGAUUCCCAUCGUGCCUCUGGUAUCGAUUCCCAUCGUGCCCCUGGUAUUGAUUCCAUUCGUGCCCCUGGUAUUGAUUCCCAUCGUGCCCCUGGUAUUGAUUCCCAUCGUGCCCCUGGUAUUGAUUCCCACCGUGCCCCUGGUAUUGAUUCCCACCGUGCCCCUGGUAUUGAUUCCCACCGUGCCCCUGGUAUUGAUUCCCACCGUGCCUCUGGUAUUGAUUCCCACCGUGCCUCUGGUAUUGAUUCCCACCAUGCCUCUGGUAUUGAUUCCCAUCAAGCCUCUGGUAUUGAUUCCCAUCAUGCCCACCACUUUUCUUCUUCUCCCCUCUGCCCUCUCAUUUCAUGCUUUCACAGCAUUUAUAUUCUCUUGCCCUUCUGGGGUCAUCAUGGCAAACAAGGUCACGGCAUGCAGCUUCUACCUUUUUUUGUGUUCACGACACACUAACUUCAUCCAAGAGUUCUUCUUUCUGUAGAAUGUUUCACCAUGUUUUAUUCCUGUCUCUGGUAUGUCUAGGAACAGUGUCCAGUCACACGGCAUUGUGUCCUAUAAGGAACCAGAGAACUCCACUCUUGUAGUUGUUGGCUCGUUGUUAUGGUGCACAAGUAGAUGUGUUGUCUCCUUUUUCCACUGUUGUUUCACUUGGAUUAUUAUUUGUUUGCGCACAUUUGGUAACACUAAUAUCACACCGUUGAUUUAUUGUAUAUUGUAGACAGAAUUAUUUCAAGGGUAUAUCUGCCAAUUUAAUUAUCUACCUGUUCAGUGGCCGUGUUGCCAGGGCUUGUGUUUUAGCACUUAGCAUGAGGUAUCAUAGUCUGCAGGGGGAAUGGAUGGGAUGUCAGAUCUAAAAUGACUGGAACAGUCCACCAGCUGUUCCAGAGGUUGAGCCUUCCUUAUAUGUGUAAAUGAGCGAGUAAGUUCUUCUCAAAAAGGGAAUACGUUCGCACCAACAUAAGGCUUUAAGCCUACAAUAACAGAAAUGUGGAGUUAACAUUCCCAAAGAAAGAAGCUAAGAUGUGAAAGCACGAGCUUGGCUCGGGAGUCGGCUACACGUUGACAACGUUGAUGCUUUUCGAAAGCAUUUAUUUGCUCGUUUUUCUUUUCUUGCCCUCUUUAGUCUGACUACAUGUAUACAGACAGUCCAUAUCAUCCCUUUCAUUUCAGGCUGUAUGUGCCCACGCAAUCAUUCCCUGCAAACGUGCAUUCCUGCAUGUACAUAGGUCCUAUAUCAUAGUCAUUUAUCGGCCCUACAUACUGUAAAUGUAUGUUUACCUGCAAUACCCACGGACCCAGUGGUCUUUACGUUGUGGUUCCUCAAAAAGUAAUUGGUCAAAUGUGCUCUGUUCUUCAUCUGUCAUCAUAGCGUUACAUUGUGAAAAGAAAAAUAUAUAUAUAGAAAAAUUUAUUUCAUAUGUAACUAAUAUUAAAUGUGAGUAUGAAUAGUGUUAGAGAAUGAAUGUAUGAACUGAAUAUUAGUCUAUAAAUAAAGAUGGAUAAUAUAUAUAAAAAUAGAAUUCUUAAGAUGACUAUUAUAGAAGAAAUUGAUUAUGUUUUUCCUGUUUGUGCAGCUGUGUUUGAGAAUGUGUUUCUCGCCAUAUUUUCUCCCCAGAUUGCUAUUGUGACAUUAGUAAAAACAUACAGUUAUGACAAUCUUAGCUUUGAUCUGUUGAGGGUUGGGUAGGAUUUCUCCAAGUAGCAUCUGUUUACUUGCCUUCACCUAAGGAGGAUUGUAUUAUAAACAAACUAGUUUGUUGUGCAAUGGGACCACGACACAGGGAACUUUACCAUGUCUUAUACUGUACCAUACUUACUCACGCUGUACAAAGGCAGAACUACAGUCUUCGCUGAAAUAGUGCUUCUCCGCACAGAUUUGACAUGAUCAAAAAGAUGCAUAUCGAAGCAUGACCGUGUUGUUGAAUGUUCUGGUUUGUUGGUAGACAGUGUUGUCAUUGGUGUGUGUGUGUGUGUGUGUGUGUGUGUGGACAUAGAGUAAUGUAACUCCUAGCCAGUCUGAGUUGUUGGAUGUGAUGCGGUUGUGUUGUUGUUUGAACUCGCUGCAAAAACAGUGACAUCGACAGUGGUGUUGGUGUUCGUCAUAUUGAAAAGCACAGGCCGUCUUGAAUUGCGCCGAGUCACUCUGUUGCCUAUAGAGGAAGCAGGCCACUGUAUCUGAGAGUAGAGCAUCUGUCUUUUUGAGUGGGACCACUGGAGUCCGUGAUCUGAUUUGAAUAUGGUGAACGGAAAGAAAUAAUGACUGGUCAUAUCAUGUUGUCACUACUGCAAAGUGCGUAAUGAAGUGGUUGUGUAUCAGACAUAGGGGCAAGCACUACACAGGACUCCACGACCACCACAUACACGCCCUGAUAGGACUGCAUAACUAUGCUGUUAUGCUGUUGGGCAUUUAAGGAAUUACAGAUAAUUGCUCUACUGCAGUAUUCGAAAACAAGGCAUGCCAAGCAACAACACUUAUUGACAGUAUUCUGAAAUCCAAUGUUGUGUCCCAUCUUUCUCAGGCUUUUGUAGACAUGUGCAACCAAUGGAAGGCUUAAGUUCACAUCUUAGCCCCCCCUCCACACACCAUCUGCAGAUAGAUAGAUAGAUACUCAUGUGGCUAUUGACCUAUGCAAUCCUUGCUUCUUCCUGUAGACACCACUGUGCUGUUGUAAAGGUCUUGCCCUCCAGGUAGUUACAUUUCUUGUUGUAAAAAACCGAGAACCUUCAUGUUACCCUGUUGUUUUUGCAAAAAGUGGAAAAAGCUGUUGUUCUGGAUCCCUGUCCGUUUCUAUGACACCCAAUCCUGCGUCAGAGCUGUGAUUUCUGUGUGCACAAAUCUAUUUUUGUGAGAUAACUAAAGAAUUACAAAGAAAGGGAUGUCGAAUAAACAUAUUCAUGUAAA